GUGAGCCAGUCUUAUCAAAUCGAAAUCGAUUUUGUAAUUUUCAAAUACUGGUUAAUUUUGUAGCCGAGUUUGUGCAAGUAAAAGUCAAAGAGUUUGACAAAGAAAGAAGCUUCCAACCAACACACGCUUUCGUUUGCCGUAGGCUGUUGUUUGUUUACCGAAACAUUCAAUCUCUUCUUUUUGAUUUGCAAUAAAGAAUGAUAUUUCAACAACUACUUUUUUCCCCCAAGCAACUCUUUCCCUUUUCCGCUAUCUUUAUCUUCCAUUCACAGAAGUUGUUUGACAUAAUAUGAAUGAAUACUAUGGGAAUUCAAGAGGAAGCUCGAGUUCUGCAUCUAGUUUGAAUAGCAAUUCUCAGCAGGGUACUGAGGAUGAUCAUGCCAUUGCAACAAUUUUAGCUGAAGAAGAAGAAAAUGCUCGAAAGUAUGAUGGCAAGCUUGGGAAGAGACUUUCUCAUUUGGAUUCAAUACCGCACACUCCACGGGUAAUUGGCGAGAUACCUGACCCAAAUGAUGCCACGCUAGACCAUGGGAGGCUCUCUUGCAGGUUGUCAACGUAUGGUCUCGCUGAAAUGCAAAUUGAAGGGGAUGGGAAUUGCCAGUUUCGAGCCCUUUCAGAUCAGUUGUAUCAUAAUCCAGAGUAUCAUAAGCAUGUAAGGAAGGAGGUCGUUAAACAGCUAAAGCACUUUAGAAAGUUAUAUGAAGGUUAUGUACCCAUGAAGUACAAAAGCUACUUGAAGAAGAUGAAGAGGUUGGGAGAAUGGGGAGAUCAUGUCACUCUACAAGCAGCUUCUGAUAGAUUUGGGGUAAAAAUAUGUUUGGUCACCUCUUUCCGGGACAAUGGCUACAUUGAUAUCCUUCCCAAGGACAUACUACCUUCUAGGGAACUGUGGCUGAGUUUCUGGAGUGAGGUGCACUACAAUUCGUUAUACGAAAUUGGAGAAGCUCCAGCUAGAGUUCCCAGAAAGAAGCACUGGCUUUUUUUCUAAGCUCAUUCACCAGCAAAAAUACUGCAUACUGUAUAUUGAUAACUCUACAGAGUCUACAGAGCAUGGCAUGCACAUAACAAAAUCCUAUGUAUAAUAUUACUGUAUUUAUACUGCUCAGUUUGUAGAAUGAAAGAAUAGUUUUAUUAGAUUCUAAAUAAAUUAUUUAUACAUGUAGAUCUUUUAACAGUAAUAUAAAAAUAUGGGCCUAAAUUAUUUAAUUCUAUUCAAUUUGUGUGUG